AGGCAGAUCGGGAGCGGUGCCGAGAAAAAUUUCCUUACUAGAUGACAUUUCAUCGCAAUGUCCGAUCGUUUGGGGCAAAUAACCAAGGGCAAGGAUGGGAAAAGCAAGUAUUCGACUCUCAGCCUGUUUGACAAGUAUAAAGGAAAAUCAGUAGACGCAAUUAGACCCUCAGUUACUCCUAGACAUGGCUUACAGAGUCUUGGGAAAGUUGCCACAGCCCGGCGUAUGCCACCGCCUGCAAACCUGCCAAGCUUGAAGUCUGAAAACAAAGGAAACGACCCCAACAUCGUUAUAGUACCCAAGGACGGAACGGGAUGGGCAAACAAGCAGGAUCAGCAAGACCCAAAGAGUUCCAGUGCGACGGCCUCUCAGCAGCCGGAGUCGCUGCCGCAGCCGGGUUUGCAGAAGUCUGUCUCCAAUUUGCAGAAACCGACACAGUCAAUCAGUCCGGAGAAUACAAAUUCAGUGCCAGGUGGACCAAAGUCAUGGGCACAGCUGAAUGGAAAGCCAGUAGGACACGAAGGUGGUUUAAGGGGCUCAAGCCGACUGUUAUCCUUCUCUCCCGAGGAAUUUCCGACGCUGAAAGCAGCUGGAGGGCAGGACAAGGCUGGCAAAGAAAAGGGCGUCUUAGAUCUGUCGUAUGGGCCAGGACCAAGCCUCCGCCCUCAGAAUGUGACAAGCUGGAGGGAGGGCGGUGGGCGAAACAUAAUUUCUGCCACGUCUCUGAGCGCCUCCCCAACUGAGCUGGGCAGCAGGAACUCGAGUGCGGGAGACGGAGCCCCCUCCUCGGCAUGUACCAGCGAUUCUAAGGACCCCUCUCUCCGCCCGGCUCAGCCUGUCCGAAAAGGGGCUUCACAGUUCAUGGGGAAUGUAUACCACCCACCUACAUACCAUGAUAUGCUUCCUGCUUUUAUGUGUUCGCCACAGUCAUCAGAGAACCAGGGUACAGUGGAACGAGGAUCUUUCCCCCUUCCUCAGCUCCGCCUUGAACCCCGUGUUCCUUUUAGACAAUUCCAGAUGAAUGACCAAGAUGGAAAAGAAAACAAGCUGGGGAUGGCCCGUCCUCUGCGCCCACUGAGGCAGCUGGUGGAACGGGCGCCGCGGCCCACCAUCAUCAACGCGGAAAACCUGAAGGGCCUUGACGAUCUGGACACGGAUGCUGACGACGGCUGGGCAGGCCUCCAUGAAGAAGUGGACUAUUCUGAGAAAUUAAAGUUCAGUGAUGAUGAAGAGGAGGAAGAAGUUGUGAAGGAUGGCAGGCCAAAGUGGAACAGUUGGGACCCCAGAAGGCAGCGGCAGUUGUCGAUGAGCUCCGCAGACAGUGCUGAUGCCAAACGUACUCAAGAGGAAGGAAAGGACUGGGCGGAUGCAGUGGGCAUGUCUCGUGUCGUCCGAAAGGUGCCAGAGCCUCAGCCACCUCCCAGGAAGCUUCAUGGCUGGGCGUCGGGCCCCGACUACCAGAAGCCCUCCAUGGGCAGCGUGUUCCGGCAGCAGUCCAUUGAGGACAAGGAGGACAAGCCGCCCCCGCGGCAGAAGUUCAUCCAGUCAGAGAUGUCCGAGGCAGUGGAGCGAGCCCGAAAGCGCCGGGAAGAAGAGGAGCGCCGAGCCCGCGAAGAGAGGUUGGCCGCCUGUGCCGCCAAACUCAAGCAGCUGGACCAGAAGUGCAAGCAGGCCCGGAAGGCGGGUGAGGCCCGCAAGCAGGCAGAGAAGGAAGUGCCCCGAUCUCCAGGCACCGAGAAGGCACCCCCACAGGAAAAUGGCCCUGCUGUCCACAAAGAAUUCCCUGCCCAGGAAGCCCCCGCCACGUUCCCUGAAGAGGCACCCACAGUGUCCCCGGCUGUGGCUCAGAGCACCAGCAGUGAGGAGGAGGCCAGGGAGGCUGGGUCCCCGGCACAGGAGUUGAGCAAGUAUCAGAAGUCACUUCCUCCCCGAUUCCAGCGCCAGCAGCAGCAGCAGCAACAGGAGCAGCUGUACAAGAUGCAGCACUGGCAGCCGGUGUACCCUCCGCCUUCCCACCCCCAGCGCACCUUCUACCCACACCAUCCCCAGAUGCUGGGCUUCGACCCCAGGUGGAUGAUGAUGCCCUCCUACAUGGACCCCCGGAUCACACCCACACGGACCCCCGUGGACUUCUACCCCUCCGCCCUCCACCCUUCAGGCCUGAUGAAACCCAUGGCGCCCCAAGACCCUCUCAGUGGGACUGGCUGUCGCUCUGAGGAUCAGAACUGUGUGCCCCCACUCCAAGAGAGAAAGGUGACCACCAUGGAUCCGGCCCCUGUGUGGAGCCCAGAGGGCUACAUGGCCUUGCAGAACAAGGGCUACUCACUGCCCCACCCGAAGUCGAGUGACACCUUGGCUAUGGACAUGCGUGUCAGGAAUGAAAGCUCUUACUCUGCCUCACCCGGAAGGUCCGGGGGCAUAGGUGCCCAGCGCGAUCUCUUUGAGGAGAGAGGGGAGGAGUACUUGAGUGCUUUUGACAAGAAGGCCCAAGCAGACUUUGACAGCUGUAUCUCUUCUCAAAGAAUAGGCCAGGAGCUUUUGUUUCUACCCCAAGAAAAUGUUCAGGAAGCAGGUGCUCCUGGGGGUCACACCCAGAACCUCAGGUGUUCCCCAUUGGAGCCUGACUUUGUCCCAGAUGAGAAAAAGCCAGAGUAUGGCAGUUGGGACAUUAGCCACCAGCCAAAGGCCGCUGACACAGCCCACAGUGUCGAGCAGGAGGCGCCCCAGGAGGGGCCAUCCUUUAACAUCUCCUCCUGGGAGAAGGAUGGGAGCCCCAGCAAGCAGCCGUCCUCGGAGACUGAGUGGACGCCCGAGUCCCGGAGCUCCGGCAGCCAGCAGCAGGAGCAGACGGGCAGGACCCGGAGGUCGGGGCCCAUCAAGAAGCCGGUCCUAAAAGCCCUCAAGGUAGAAGAUAAGGAGAAGGAGCUGGAGAAGAUGAAGCAGGAACUCGGGGAGGAGCGUCUGGCCAAGGAGAAGGAGCAGGUUCGCACGGCAGAGAAGGAUGAGGAUGAAGAGAAUGACCCCACCCUGGCUAACUCCUCCCCUUCUGCCUUGGAGGACAAGGGUCCUGCCCACGCUGCUUUUGGCCGUGAGGCCGACAAGUUUGAGGAGGACGAGAAGCCUGACAAGGCCUGGGAAACCAGACCUUCACGAGAGUCCAGCGACAUUCCCCCAACAAAGAGAAAUAACUGGAUCUUUAUCGACGAGGAGCAGGCCUUUGGGGUCAGAGGGCAGGCCCGGGGCCGGGGCCGCGGUUUCAGAGAGUUCACUUUUCGCGGCCGGCCUGCUGGUGGCAACGGAAGCAGCCUCUGUGGUGGGGGGGUCCUCGGAGCACGUGGCAUCUACAGCAGCAGCCAGCGGAGCGGCCGGGGCCGCGGCCUGCGCGAGUUCGCCCAGCCGGAAGACUGCCCCCGGGCCAAGCCCCGGCGGAGGAUCGCCAGCGAGACCCACAGCGAGGGCUCCGAGUACGAAGAGCUUCCCAAGCGGCGCCGGCAGAGAGGCUCUGAGAACGGGAACGAGGGCUCGCUGCUGGAGAGGGAGGAGAGCGCCUUGAAGAAAGGUGACUACAGAGAUUCCUGGCGGUCCAACAAGAUGUACUCGGAGGACCCUAACAGUCUGGACGCUAAGAGCCGAGGCCCUCGGGCCUUUGGGCGAGCUCUCCCUCCCCGGCUGAGCAAUUGCGGCUAUGGGCGGAGAACCUUCGUCUCCAGAGAGUCACCCCACCGGCAGAGCAAGAGUCCAGGCAGCUCCUGGCAGGAGUAUGGCGCUUCGGACACGUGCGGGUCCCGGCGAUCCGCAGACAGAGACUAUAUCCCCGAUUCCUACAGACACUCCGACUCGUUUGGCAGCAGGAGCUUUGAGGACAGCCGCUUGGAGGACAAGAGGUCCUUCUUCCAAGACGACCACGUGGCAGAUUCUGAAAAUGCAGAAAACCGGCCCUUCAGGAGAAGGCGCCCUCCGCGCCAAGACAAGCCCCCUCGAUUCCGGCGCCUCCGGCAAGAGCGUGAGUCACUGGGCCUGUGGGGCCCGGAGGAGGAGCCCCACCUGCUGGCGGGUCAGUGGCCGGGCAGGUCCAAACUCUGUCCUGGGGACAAGAGCAGCGCUGUGGGUCACAGGUCCCCCGAGCUCUCCUACCAGAACUCCUCCGAUCACGCCAACGAAGAGUGGGAGACGGCCUCCGAGAGCAGUGACUUCAGCGAGCGGCGGGAGCGACGAGAAGGCCACGGGGCCGAGCCCGACUCCCAGGUGGACGGUGGCCUGUCCGGGGCCAGUUUGGGUGAGAAGAAGGAGCUGGCCAAGAGGAGCUUCUCCAGUCAGAGACCCCUGGUUGACAGACAGAGCCGAAAGCUGGAGCCGGGAGGGUUUGGGGAGAAGUCGAUUAGGCCAGGUGGUGGUGACACUUCCCCCCGUUAUGAGAACCAACAGAGUGGGACGCCUUUGAAAGCCAAAAGGUCCCCAGAUGAGGCCUUGCCUGGAGGUCUUAGUGGCUGCAGCAGUGGGAGUGGCCACUCACCCUACCCGCUGGAGCGGGCAGCCCAUGGCAACACCGACCUUCCCGAGGCCUCCACUAAGAAGGUGGAGAAAGAGGCCAAGCUGGCUGCUCAGAGGGCAGGCGAACAGGGAGAGACCAUGAAACAGUUUGACCUGAACUACGGAAAUGCCAUCAUUGAAAAUUGUGGGUCUAGCCCCGGAGAGGAGAGUGAGGUGGGCUCUAUGGUGGGCGAAGGUUUCAUCGAAGUCCUGACCAAGAAGCAACGCCGCCUGCUGGAGGAGGAGAGAAGGAAGAAGGAGCAAGCAGUGCAGGUGCCUGUCAAAGGUCGAGGCCUUUCCUCCCGUAUUCCUCCUCGAUUUGCGAAAAAGCAAAACAACUUGUGCUUGGAACAAGGUGAUGUGACCGUGCCCAGCAACAGCCUUGGCACCGAGAUCUGGGAGAGCAGCAGCCAAGCUCUCCCCGUGCAGGCCUCAGCCAGUGACUCCUGGAGGAAAGCCGUCACCGCCUUCAGCAGCACCGAGCCUGGCUCCUCCGAGCAGGGUUUUAAGAGCAGCCAGGGGGAUAGUGGCGUGGACUUGAGUGCCGAGUCUCGGGAGUCAUCCGCGACCUCCUCGCAGCGCAGCUCCCCGUAUGGUACUCUGAAACCAGAAGAGAUGAGCGGGCCUGGCCUGGCGGAACCCAAGUCUGACAGCCACAAGGAGCAGGCUCAGAAGCAAUCUGAGCAGAAGGAUUCAGAACAAGGCUCAGGACAGAGCAAGGAGCACAGACCAGGACCCAUCGGCAACGAACGCUCUCUGAAAAACAGAAAGGGCUCAGAGGGGCCCGAGCGGCUGCAAGGGGCUGUCGUCCCACCUGUUAACGGGGUGGAGAUUCACGUGGAUUCUGUGCUGCCUGUGCCACCCAUUGAGUUUGGAGUCAGUCCAAAAGACUCUGAUUUCAGCUUGCCGCCCGGCUCUGCCUCUGGUCCUGCAGGAAAUCCAGUUGUCAAACUUCAGGACGCCUUGGCCAGCAAUGCAGGGCUAACCCAGAGUAUUCCCAUCCUGCGGCGGGAUCAUCACAUCCAGAGGGCCAUUGGCCUCUCCCCAAUGUCCUUCCCCACCGCUGACCUCACUCUGAAGAUGGAGUCUGCGCGCAAGGCUUGGGAAAACUCCCCCAGUUUGCCGGAGCAGAGCUCUCCAGGAGGUGCCGGCUCGGGCAUCCAGCCGCCGUCCUCUGUGGGUGCCUCCAACGGGGUCAACUACAGCUCCUUCGGUGGGGUGUCCAUGCCACCCAUGCCUGUGGCCUCUGUGGCACCUUCUGCUUCCAUGCCAGGCAGCCACCUCCCUCCUCUGUACCUGGACGGACACGUGUUUGCAAGUCAGCCCCGGCUGGUUCCUCAAACGAUACCUCAGCAACAGAGUUACCAACAGGCUGCCGCUGCCCAGCAGAUCCCGAUCUCCCUUCACACAUCUCUGCAGGCUCAAGCUCAGCUCGGACUGAGGGGGGGUCUCCCCGUCUCCCAGUCUCAGGAGAUCUUCAGCUCCUUACAGCCCUUCAGGUCUCAGGUGUACAUGCACCCCAGCCUGUCACCACCCAGCACCAUGAUCCUCUCCGGGGGCACAGCCUUGAAGCCUCCGUACUCGGCGUUCCCAGGCAUGCAGCCCUUAGAGAUGGUGAAGCCCCAGUCCGGCUCACACUACCAGACCCUGAGUGGAAACCAAGCCCUGGUCUACGAGGGCCAGCUCGGCCAGGCUGCUGGUCUGGGCGCCUCCCAGAUGCUGGACUCCCAGCUCCCACAGCAGCUGACCAUGCCACUGCCUCGAUACGGCUCCGGGCAACAGCCUCUGAUCCUGCCCCAGUCCAUUCAGCUGCCGCCAGGGCAGAGCCUCUCCGUUGGGGCUCCCCGAAGGAUUCCUCCGCCCGGGUCCCAGCCGCCCGUCCUGAACACCAGCAGAGAGUCCUCUCAGAUGGAGAUGAAAGGCUUCCACUUUGCUGACAGUAAACAGAAUGUUCCUACAGGAGGCCCCGUACCAUCAUCACAGACCUACAGGCCUAGCUCUGCUAGCCCCAGUGGGAAGCCCUCUGGAUCAGCAGUUAACAUGGGCUCUGUGCAGGGACACUACGUUCAACAGGCAAAACAACGAGUGGAUGACAAGCCCAGCCUGGGAGCCGUGAAGCUGCAGGAGGCCCCCUCGGCCGCCUCCCAGAUGAAGCGAACUGGAGCAAUCAAGCCUCGGGCGGUCAAAGUGGAGGAGAGUAAGGCCUGAAGCUGCCUGGCUGCCACCUUGCCUCACCCCGCUGGGGACGGUGCCACCACUCGGCCUCAACACAGCCGGCACCCGGGAGCCUCACUAGGUCCACCGUCCAACCGCCUGGCCCGGACUGAGAGCUCUCCCUUCUCUUCUCCGCUCCCGAAAGCUCUCUUGUCAACCAGCUUGCACCCGUGGAUCUAUGGCAUUGACCCGCUUGCUUUGAUACGAAACAAACAAGCAAAUGACUCCUUCAUUCCUGUGUCCUCCUCCCACCGUGACCGUGGAGCGCAGCCCCUCCCCGCCGCCUGCCCCAUCCUGCCGCCAGGGCGCCUUUGCCGCAGUGCUUCCGGCCCGCUGCCCCAUCCCUAGCACAGCGGUUUGGCAGCAGGGUCGUUUUAGUUUGAGGCUUUUUGUUUUAAAAAGCAGCCAAGGUUUUUACACAGGGGAAAGGAAAAGAAAACAGAAACGCAAGCUACAUCUGUAUAGCUAAACUUUUAUACAUUCUUCGCCGUCGUCUCCCUCCCCUUCCAUCUCUAGCGGUUUCUUUCACCUUAAGAGAUGACUCUUAAGAACGUGUCCCUUCCUGCUCCCUGUCAGCUGGGUAACCUUUGAGGUUAUUUAGGGCACUGGUCACGAGCCCCCUCGUGUUCAGCUGCCCGCUGCGGACGCGGCCGGUGAACAGCAGCAGGUAGGCGGUGUCUCAGUCAGGUUCCAGCUCCUGGCCUGGUGGGCCCAGGGGGAUUCAGGCAGCCCUAGGAAGUUGGCGAUGGUUUAGAAUUACACAGGAUUCCUGUCCCGGGCUCUUCUAAAGCUAGUGGAUGUGCUGGCCACUGGGCACCAGAGACGAAUCAUGGAGUCACUGGUGUUUUCCAGAUUGGCCUGGACGGGGUGAGCUGAUGCGCCACAGGCCCCAUCGCUGUGCUCUGUUUCUGGGGCUCCUCGCCCCAUCCUCAAGGUUGCUGUGUUUUCACACGCACGCCCUUCCCUCGAAGCCUUCCCUAGUGUGUCAUUUCCUUUCCUUGCCUUCUGGAGCCUGCUGCUUUCUCCCCGGGGUCCCUGUCUCUCCACCUCUCAGCAGCUUUUCACUGAACCACACAGUGACAUUGUUUGGUCAACUCAGCAGCAAAGGCUCGUGGUCCCUAAGUAAGGCCGCUGGGUGUUUUUCUCCUCGUUCUCCGUCUUCGUUCCCGGCGCGGACCGGCGCUGAGCAGCAGGCGUCAGUCGCGCUUGUCCUUACAGCCUGCCGAGCGGCGUCCGAGGGGAGCGUGCGUUGCGGGGCUGACUAGUUCCGCAGCAGCCUGGGAGCCUCAGAACGGACAGCGGCGGAAGACUGCAGAGCCACCUCCAGCAGAAUGUUUGUGUGAGACUUUCUACGCUGGGCUUUUGGUGGUGGUUUUUAAAUAAGAAACAGAAGGAAAUCAUCCCAGAUUGCGUCAUUCCAAGGAAAGGGAAGGGGAAAUGUCAAGCUUCUCGGAUGCCCUGUAGGGUCACUGACCAGCCAGCCACCUAACUGCCACCACUGUUAGUUCCAGAGGAGACCCGGCUUGGAGAAUGUGUGGUGAGGAGGCAGGCGGGAGGGGCCUGCGGAGAGCCUGCCCUUGGCGUCACUGUGGGUGUGUGACAGCUUUCGGGCUUUGGGUCCUAAGCUCCGUGUCUAGUGUAGCAUAUGGAAAGCAGCAUCUUAGGAACUGCUGAAGUAACUUCCUGUCGCUCUUUGUGAUUCUAAGGAGGUGGAGUAACAGCCUCCUCCCAAGCAGUGCCAGGGUGUCAUCCCCGGAGCCAUCUGGCUGGGGCCAUUUCAUUGCAAGAUGCUCACGUUUGGUUUCAUCUGUACCUCUCAGCGGCCCCCCUUCCUGCCUUGCCCUGACCGCACGUCUCUUCUUCUCCAUCCCCUGAGUCUUUGCUCUCCAGCCCCUUCUGCCCACCUGAGAAGCCCCCAGCACCUGCCUGCGCCCUCAUCUGGGUUUUCUCCUCCCCUGCAAGCGUCUGGUCGGGGCCUGGGAUGAGUCCUCUGCCCAACCUGCCUCCAAACCAAGCCGUCCCUGGGUCAGUCUGGUCUGCGGGAGCCACACAGCUCACCUCUGCCUGCACGCUCGGGAAACGCAGCCAGACCCCUCACACCUAAUGCUGGUCGCAUCAUCUGUCAAAAGAAAAAGAAGUUUCCUCAUGUUAAGAUUGAACAGAACAGUCCCAGAUGCCGUUACAAACCAAGACGUGUCCUUCAGGUGAACCUGCCGCCGGAAUGACUACUUGCUCUUUGGGAAAAAUAAAAACAAAAAGGUCACCUUUUCUCUAGCCCUCUUCUCUUACCCCAUGGUUCCCUCCAUCCUCCUCCUCCCACCCCAAAUAAAGACAAAAAACACUAGAAUUUAUUUAUAUGUAUUGAUGUUGUAGGUCUAGGUGAAAAAAAGUAAAUGUUUCACUGCUCUGUUUAUAUAUAAUGUCUGAAUUAAUUCUGUGUGGGAAAGGCCAGGAAAUUGCAUGUGAAGUUCAGCGCAUUCACCACCUCUGUGUGACCCGAGCUGCAGUCUCUUCCCCACUGAGAUGCAGAUUUUAAAUUUGACUCUAUGGGGGCAGAGGGCAGGCCUCAAGCCUCCGGAUAUCCCAACUCCUUCCUUGGUCUGAUUAAAUGCAGUUUUUAGUGCAGAGACGUUUUAAGGUGCAAUAUUUCUUCCUUUUACAUGGUUUUAGAGCCAAGCUCAAGGUAGUAGGACUUCGGAUCUUACUUCAUUUCCAAACCCCCAUCCUCAGAGAACAGAUACAUGCAGGGGCUUCCGCCAGGCUGCCGUGGGGCCUUGGCGGGAAAAGUGAAGACCAGCACUUCGCUGCUGCAGGGCUGGGGGUGUGGGGGGCCGGAAUCCCCUCCCUGUGCCUGCUCAUGCCACCUUCCUGUUGCUGGUGGCAUUGCCUGGGCCAUCAGUGGUGCAGCCAGUGCCCUGGCAGUCAGUAGUGUUUUGUUCUUGAGAGUGAGUUCGGAGCGUGGGGCGUGUCGGAAAGGCCUUGCCCACCCUCUUGAGAUGCCUGUGUCAGCUGCGAUUGGCCUGGUUUGCUUAACUGUUGCUUCCCCCCUUUUUAUUCAUGUUAUUACUGGUUUCCAACUUGGAAUUCAAAGAACAUAUCUGGCUCUGGGUUCCUUAAGGGGGAAGACAAAGGAUGACUUUAUGACGUAGUAAGAAAAAUCCAUUCAAUUCCAAGCUGUGGUCAUUCCAGCCACUUCUGAGGAUAUUGGGUCAUCUUGUUGAAUACUGAUGUGGGUCCUCUCCAGCUAUGCCAUCGCCCUCCUGUCUUCUGGAUCUGCCUUUUGGAUGGUCAGUGAUGAUGUUUGUCACUGACGGAUGCUCAGAGUCAAGGAGGCUGUGUGCACACGCACAGCCAUGUUGUGAACUGGCCCACUGAGGCAGUGUGUGGCCACUGUGGUAAAGCUCCUUCUCCCCACCGUUGGGUUCCCCUCUACAAAGUAGCUGCAUGUUGCCCCUCAAAUCAUUGUCCCUUUUCACUUCUUGCAGAGCAAGCCUGGGUUAGAGGGUCUGUUGUAAAUGGCCUUUGACAACCAAGGAUACCAGAGUGUGUGCUUCGUCACGUUCUGUGAUGAACAAGGAAAGCAGACUUCCAGAAAGCCAGCUCUCCUCCGGAAUGUGAGAUGGACCUAAGACAAAUGGGUCAUCCGGGACAGGAGUGGCUCAGUGUUGGGGAUGGACACCGUGUCACCUGGCCAUGCUCCCCCACGGCCACCAGUGUGGGUUUGGGUACUGAUCUUCCAGGUGCAGGGGACCCGUUCAGCGUCCUCCGCCCUGGUUUGGUGGCCUCCGAGAUAGUAGCAGCAUCCCCCGGGGCGCUGUCCUCAGCAUGCUAGGAAGCCUCUGGGUGGAAGUUCCUGUCAAGGCUCUGUGUUAAGACUUUCUUCCGUUGUUCAAAGGGGACACUGGACUCUAAGCUUUUGACCUCAUGCCUUGCGUAGUAAAAAGGACUUGGGGGUUGGUUUUGUUCUUGAGAGGGUUGUGUUUUGUUUUUGUUUCCUUUCAUUUUUAUUUUUGCCUUUCCUUUGUCUUUUCAUGUAGACCAGAUAUUUGAAAGGGCAGACGAUGGCUAAAGGUGUAAUGUGCAACUUGUUUAUACGUUAUUUUUGGGGAAACUUACCUUGAAUGGGAAGUGGAAUCACGGAUUCACCAGGCGGUGCUGGCACACUCACCCUGCGCCUUUUCCCUCCGGUUCAGUACCUAUUGUUUCUCCUUUCAAAUAUGUGAUUGUACUAGCUCUUUCCAUAUGAAAGAAUUCUCCUUAUUUAAAUAAAAAAAGU